UAACUUGCCUGUCAUCCGUUCCUCGUUUUUUUUUGGGGGUUUUUUUUUGCCUGGGAUUUUGACCAAUCCUUUCACCCCCACCCGUUGCUUACUGCGGCUGCCUGGAGACCUGCGUUCAGCAAUGAGGGAUCCGAUCCGUUUUUGGGAACAAUCUCCCCAGUUGACCGGGUAUAAUGGCAGUUGGCAAAGUUUCCGGCUCCCAGGCCAGGCUAUGAGGACGGCUCGACUGGCCCUUGGCCGGUCAGUGUCUGGGCCCUGAACUUGGCCUGGUUGGCAUCUCAGCUCAUAUCUCGACAAUGCUCCUGUACCGAGCAUGUCACGUCAGCAGCGCAUACCAUGAGGGCCGCUCACCGCUCUUCAGCCUUGGUGGCCUCUGACCCCGCCGCCGUUUACACAGAUAAUCACCGAGGCAUCAUCUGCCCUUCCAUUUUUAUUCUCAACCCCGAUGGCGCGUCUCCACCCCAAAGUGCAGACUACCUGCGGAUGAGUGAUCAAAAGAGAGAUUAAAAGACAGUUCAGCCCACAUCACAAUCCAUGCUAAUUAUCUCAUGUUUCCCAUGUCACCAUGCGUUAUCCGGCCAGGAGCAACGCCGCCUACCCCGCCACGAGGUGGCCUUAAUACCGGGCAAUAUUGAUUCAGCUGCCAACGACACGCGGCGCUUUCCUAUUCCGUCCACUCGUUCUCCUACCCCUGUUUCCCCGGCCGGUGUUCUCGUGGCUUCAGUUCGGCCAUCUUUCGGGCCCCCAACGCGCCGCAUGGGGAUAUUGGUGGGUGGGUGCGGCAUCCUUCGUGCUGAUUUGACAAGGGCGCCACACCGUAUAUCAACUCCCGAGACCAGACACGACGAGACAGACGCAAGGGAGCCACCGGGGCGGGGACCCACGUUGCACGGCACCUUCGCGCGGCCCGCGCUUCACUCGAUCUCCAGCACAGGACGAGAUCAUGAACAUCGGUGGCCACAGCUCCCCAGAUCCAGUCUCUGGGCCUCGGAGUAAGCAGACCCUCGGCAGGGGCGGGGGAUCGCCUCUGAACGGGGGCGCGAGGAUGCAAACCCCAAAGCUGGCCGAAUGCAGAGGCCCCCCUCCCUGACCACGUAUCUCGUGGCAGGAGGGGCUACUCCCUCGCGCAUCUGUCGUGCAUGCGCACUGCUACGCAACACAACAGCCUGCGAGGAGUUUGGAUCCCUGCUAUCUGUGGAGGGGGAACAAUGGUGACGUUUUGGGGUUGCUGCUGCUGUGGUGUGGGUGCGAACGGCUGCAGAUGCGCGUUUGGCGAGCCUAGCUAAGGGCUAGAGGGUAAGAAGAAGAAAAAAGCGAGGAGCAAAAAAAAAAGGCAAAAAAGGAACACACCCAAUAACAUCCAUCGGCUUACUAGGGCGUUUUGCAAAUCCCUCAGAAACCUAGUCCUAGCCACGCCUGCCAGCUCCCGACUUAGCGUUCAAACCGGAAAGGCUAUCCCAUGUCGCUGGAAUCCGGGCAAAUUUGCCCCCAACCCGAUUCAACCCAUCCGCGUCCCUUUCAGCCCCAAAAAAAAUACGGGCCCCCAAUGGCCCAGUGCCUUGGUCUCGCUGUUCCCGGGGCAUCGAUCCUGCCGACCACAAGGAGGAUAUCCACCCUCUUUAUAUAGGGGGCUCCGGCCCAUGGGGCUCUCCAUGGGCCCGGUGGGUGAAGAAACGCUCUGCUGGAUCUGCCGCGACUGCGACUUUGGAAGAGCCAAGGUACAAACAGCGGAUCGGCAUCGGUUUGCAAGAUCGCUUAUCCUAGUGGACGAGAGGUUGCACCGCAUCCCUCGCUGACGAUCAAAAGCUUCGCCUCUUUCGACUAUCGGACCUGGCCGCCACUGCCUAUACCCGAUCACCAUCUCCACAAACGAGGAAGGAAAGAAGACAGAAGGGAAUAAAAGAGAAGCAGCAAAGGGGAGAGGUGCAAGAAAACGAGGACGAGAACGACUCAGACAGACAAAAAAAUCGAGGAGGGAGGGAACCAAAAUACGUACCUGCCCGAUGCAUCUCCGGUCGAUACUCAUCAUGGACGGCGACUCCAUGGACGGCAUCGGCAACAGCAGCAGCGGCAGCGGCGCGGACCGGCACCCGGAUUUCCCGAUGCUGCCGGCCGACACGCGCACGGACCGGGACGGCAACCCCGUCUACCACGGGGCUAUGCGGCUGCCGCGCCCGGCCGACCGCCGCGCCGUCUGCGAGUUCCUCGGCCUGGCCAACGCCAUGUGCGCCGGCGUCGUGGCCCACGCCGCGGCCCGCCUAGGGGGGGCGGCCUCGUUGUCGGCAGAGGGCGUCGUGCAGGUGCUCGUCGAGUCCUAUCUCUCCAGGGGCCGGCCUGGGGGCCCCGUGGUUCCGACGCGUCAUGGAUCCCAAGACGACCAGGGCCUGCAGCCCCGCUUCGCGGCCGGCAUCGGCGGCCGCGUCGAGAUUGCCCCGACCUGGGCCAGCCACAUGGUCGACUCCUCGUCUCCCUCGGUCUCCGCCACGACCGUCGCCGGCGGCCCGGCCUCCCCACCGCCCCACCAGUACUUCAGCACGCUGUUCCGCACCUCGGCGCGCGAGGACGCCGACGCCAUCGUCCGCAGAAACGCCGAGGUGCUCAUGCACCUGUGGGGCCAGCAGCAGCGGCAGCAGUAGCAGCAGCAGCAGCAGCAACAUGCGUCCGUGCAGAGCUACUUACAACGAACGAAGGUGGGGAGAGGAGCCAAGAGGGUGUGUGGGCAUCUCCGUCAUUGUGCGGGAAAGUGGUGCGGACAUUGGCGGCUGAGGCGUUCCGGCCUUCAUCCACCUCUGCUGCCCGAGGAGCUGGAGCGAUGCAUCGUUGCCUUUGGAGGCAUGUCCGAGAAUGACCAUGAUGGUUUGACGACUGACGACUGAUAGAGGAGAUACAUGGUGCAUGGCCGAGAAAGGGGAAUAGAGCAUAGCGUGGAGUUGGUCUGCUGUUUUAUACCAUCUGCUGCCAAUCAUACACUCUCGGCCAAACUAGAUAGGGGAUAGACUGGGAUUCCAGGGAGCGUUAGAGACAAGACGUGUAGGGAGUCUAUCGCUCACUACAUUUAGAAAGCUAGACGAGAUCAAGGACUUCGUAGAGCAUCAGAGUUGUCACACAGGUAUAAUAAUAAUAAUACUUUUGAUAAGUAGCUUAUGAG